UCCCCCCUCUCCCUUCGCUGGCGGUCGCCUCACUUUCCGGCAGCGGGGAGCAGGGAAGCCGAGGGGACUGAGUCGGGCAACUACUAGAGGAGACACGAGAUAGUAGACUGGAAAAUCUCUGGUAAAUUUUACAUUACCGCUGAUGCACUGGAACUACGCUCAGACGCAACUUGCUACUGGGAUAUACCUGUCUUGAUUAUUUUUCGUCCAAAUUUUCCCUGAAUGAAGUGCAAUGGCUGAAGUGCCGCCUGGGCCUAGCGCGUUGCCUGCAUCCCCGGCUGAAAUUAUUCUCUUCCCCGGGGGUGUCUGCGCUGUACCCGGGGAGGGGGAAGAACGAGGCUGCGGGAGAGGAGAUACAUUGGUCCCCGGGACAGGACAGCAACCACAAGUAAGUGAGGGUAAGGGGACGAGCAAAACAAGCCAGAAUCAUCUGUACUCUCACCCGGCAGCUCUAAAUUUCCACACACCGACACAACAGCAACUCAACGGCUUAAUCAGCUCGGCGGAGGACGGCCUCCUUUUCAGCCAUCAUAGCCGUACGCACAGCCACCUCCACCAUCCGGCUCACAGACCGCCUGACAGCCAGAGAGGACCGGUAGAGCACUGUGACAGCGCAAGUGAGGCCCCGGUUGGGGCUGCCGAGAACAACAACUUAAACGACAGAAAUUGUGGCGAUUACCAACAGGAACACAGUCUGCGUGUACAGAAGAACCAUUCGCAUUCUAACAACAACAGUAUCAACAGCAUGCUGACCAUGGCCAGAACCGAGGCAACAUUAGGUCAGCUUGCCGGAGAGGAGCUGAGCAGGGACGGCGGCCAUAGCAGGACUGAACCGCAGCCCUCCCUGGAUGACCCUCCUGACGGAGAGGCGGCGGAGGGUGGGAUAGGCCCCGAAAUGCAGCGGGCUGGAGUAGAGUUGGUAGCGGCUCUUGAUACUGCCGCUGUCCUGCAGACACCGGUGUCGGAAAUGGCGAGGCUAGAUCUCAAUAGCAAGCCCGACGGAGUUGACGGAGUUGACGAGGAAGACGGGCCAAUCCAGUAUGUGAGAUACGAGUCUGAAUUACAGAUGCCGGACAUCAUGAGGCUGAUCACUAAGGACUUGUCGGAACCUUACUCCAUUUACACCUAUAGGUACUUCAUUCACAAUUGGCCUCAGCUGUGCUUUCUGGCCAUGGUGCAGCAGGAGUGUGUGGGUGCCAUUGUGUGCAAGCUGGACAUGCACAAGAAGAUGUUCCGCCGGGGCUACAUUGCCAUGCUCGCUGUGGACUCCAAAUACCGGAGGAAAGGCAUCGGUACCAAUCUGGUGAAGAAGGCCAUCUAUGCCAUGGUGGAGGGGGACUGCGAUGAGGUUGUUUUGGAGACGGAGAUCACCAACAAGUCGGCCCUGAAACUGUACGAGAACCUGGGCUUUGUGAGGGACAAGCGGCUCUUCCGAUACUAUUUAAACGGGGUGGAUGCGCUGCGGCUCAAACUGUGGCUCCGCUAGCCACCCCCACUCUCCCCGCUCCUCCCUCUCCUGCCCCAGCGCCUCCCUUUCCUGCCCCAGCGCCUCCCUCUCCUGCCCCAGCUCCUCCCUCCCGCCUGGACGCAGGCCGAUGGAACGGCUUCUGAACCGGGAGGAAAAGCCAACAAGCAACAAAUUAUAAAAUGAGUUUAAAAAAAAAAAAAAGAAAAAAAAAAGAGAGAAAUGAAACAAAAAUAAAGACUAUUAAGACUUUAAAGUAUAUAUGAAAAGAGAAAGAGAUUAUUGAAUUGAGCGGGCGUCUCUGGUGUGCGGGGGGCCCAGCUGUUACCCAGAUGUGGGGGGAGUGGUUUGUUUGUGGCGGCCGUUUGUCGGCUGGUGUGGUGCAGGUGUGCGGCCCUUCGUUCUGGGCACUGUUCGGCCCGCGUCCCGGCACUGCUGGGACGAAGAGCCAGCCUGACUACCUACUAACCAGGCCGGCAGUGAAACCAAGCCACAGGCUCCCUCUUACAGUACCCUUUUAUACUUCACAAACGGUAAUAUCACACAGAGGAACACCCAACCUAGACCACACCUAGAGAAGAGAAAUACGCCCACAAUAUUAACUGCUCUUUGUGGAGUUUUAUUUUUAUCGCCCCCCCCCCCCCCUUUUUUUUAGCUUGUGCGUUGAAAUGCAGUGUGUGAGGGUUUGAAUGCGUGUACCAGGAUGAAGGGCAGGCGGUGUGUGUGUGUGUGUGUGUGUGUGGAUGGAUGUGUGGAUGUACGUGAGUUUUGUUUCGUUUCGUUUCGUCGUGAGAACAUACCGGAAUGGUGCUCUGUCCCUCUCGGGAUCCUGCACUCUCGGGAUCCUACAGACUAAAUCCUGCAGAUUUAGUCUGUAGUCUGCACUCAGUGCACCCAUGCUCAUGCAAUAUUCCACAUGUGCUUCAAGCAAAAAAGAGAGUUAUAUAUAUGUUAUGCAUAGGGCCCUAGGUUUUCUGCAACCACGUCUUAGAGCCUGUAAUUCAGUUCUGAUGAAGCCACCUCUCCAGCAGCUAUCGUUAAUCCCGCUGUGGUACCUGAAUCAUCUCAAUUAGUUGUGAUUAUACUCACUGCGCGUCAGCGAGCUGACCUGCGACCAUGGCUGUCGACAUUCGUCCAUAAUAUUCAGUAUUCAGAAAGUUUAUUUGUGAAAGAAUGUGAUUUGUCAGCCGGUGAGUUUUAUCUGUUUACUCAUAAAGGUAAACCACAUCUUGAAUCAUUAAUGCACAUUUGAUUUGACAAAGUAUGAAGUGUUAUUUCUUAUCGAAGAAAAAUAUUACAGUGUGUCCCUCGCUAAAACACUGAUUUAUUGUCAUUCAGAAGUACGUGAAUAUAUUUCUUCAUAUUUAUUCUUAAAUCGAGCAGCUUUUUGACAACUCCACAUGAUCUCUCACCGUGUAUAGAGAAUAUCGAUAAAUAAAGGUUGUUUACAAGGUCAUGAUGGGGGGGGGGGAAAGGACUCCUGUGCUUUAGAUUUGUGUAUGCAGUUUUUGAAUUGUCAUCUGUGGAGCGUACGGAGACUUACAAUGAAUUACAGGUUGUAGGAGCUGGUUGCGUUAAACACGGGGGCCUAAUUAUUGAGAAUAGAUAUUCGAUGGCACAUUCAGUCCUGGAUUUGAGGCAGGAUCGCUGAGUCACAGACGCAAAUGGUUUAUCGUUCCCCAACUACUGCCAGUACAUGAAAUGCUGAAACUUCACCCAGCGCGAGAGCAGGUGUGUCUCGUCCUUAACUGUGUUUGACGGCUGCGACUGGGGUAAAUUAACCUGCUUCGGUCACGGUUUUGAUUCUUCCUUUGGUGUGGAGUUUUGAGGUCUUUUUUUUUGUUGCAAAUGCCACUACUAGGUGAUAAUUCCGGUAUAAGGCAAUACCGCUUCUAAUUUUCCAAUCAAUCCAAUCUGUACUGCCCCCUCCCUGUCCAUAAACACAGAGCAAACAAGAAGUUGGUUUCCCGUUUUAAAUAUUUCAACAGUCGCCAAUGGAUACAGAAUUGAAUAGGAUUUGUUUGUUUUUUUUAGCUCUUGGAGGUAGUAUUUUGGUCAGCUUUAGAAAGGAGCUCUUCAUUGCUUGGUGAUUGGUGGGUCUCUGGUCAGGUAUCGGGUAACUGUGUUUGUAUCCACUUCCCAGGCUACUGGUAGACCCUUUUGUCAGAAUUUGGUCCCCCAAAAGCCUGGUACGUUCGCUUAGAUUGAAAUGGCACCCCUUUUCUGUUCAACAGGCUAUUUUUAAUUUCUUCUCUGCACCAUCAGUGGUACCCCCUUUUAAUUUCUGUUGAGACUGUGGAUUUCUGCAGCGAAUGCAGAAAAAUACAACUUUAAAACCAUUUUGAAUAUUUAAUGCAAAGUUGGAAAUUGAGAGGGACAGGCACUGCAUUUCCAAUGCAUUCUCAUCCUGGCAAAUAAUAAAAAGAGAUUAUGCACUCAUGGCUGCUUUUGAAGUAUUUGUUCUUUUUGUUUGGAGAGAGUCCCAGAAGGAACCGUCGUGAUGUACUUGAUUUGCUCAUGCUGCUUUGUGUGUGUGUGUGUGUGUGUGUGUGCGAGACGACUGGAUGUGAUGGAGUACUCGGCCCCCUUGUCCACAUCUCAUUCGCUGUGCUCCUAAUUCUCGCAGCUGAACGCUUCAACUCAAUUGUGCCGCACUUGGCAUCCAAACCCCCACCCCCCGGCUCGCACUCAUUCCACUCACUUCUCUGACCAAUUCGGUUCGGCACGGUACGGGUGAUCCCCUGCCCUAGCCGUUUGACCGAUGACUGGCCGCGUUGGAGCCCAGCUCAGUGCUCAGCAGAUACCCGAGUCUCACUGGAGCUCUCCGAGGCCUGAGAGGCGCGGCCGACAGCUGCGCCCUCACGAUUCCCCCACGCCCUCCAGAGCGAGGAGCAGGUGGAGAAGUGCGCAGCGCUUUCCCACGUCUCGCCGGGCCCUCUCUCUCUCCGUGACGUCCAGACGAAACCUUUCGCCGUCCGUCUCCUUUUCGUCGAGCGGGCCCGGUUUAAGGGACGUCACAUCUACUGUGCGCGUCUGUCAACUGCGACUGCAAGUGCGUGUUGAAUGAGGAGGGCCGGCUUUCGCCGUUCGUACACGGAGAGCUGCCACUCGGUCCGAGAGUGUCCAGCGCCUGUGCCACGCCCGCCCAUCCCUGUGUGGGGAGCGGGACGUGGGGUAACACCACAGACGCUGGUUCUUGAAAAUACGGUCACUCCAAGCGCUGCCAAAGAGGCCUUGCCCUUUGAGGUGGUCCAGCUGUGGAGCCCUGGACACUAGCCAACAUCUCUUUCACAGACAGAAUCAGACGCCAUCUUUCUGCCGGUGCUGCUACUCUGUCACUGUACACAUGGAUGGAAAGAGAGUUGUUUGAGGUAGUGUGUGCAACGUGGUGUGUGGGUCCGUUCAGGGCCUCUCUCCUUGUGAAAUGAGUGCUGCUUCCAUGUCUUCCGUGGCUUUCCCCCGGGGGUUGGGUGGGAGCUGACCUCAUGCCAGAAAGUCCCCGGGAUUAAAGGAAUACACCAACAUUUUUGGAAAUAUACCUUUUUUCUGACUUAUGUGAGAUGUUCGAUUUCAUUUUCAUUUUUGUGCAUGCAAUGGCUCGGUUUCCAUGUUAGCAUAACGUGUUAGCUUAGCAUAAAGACUUGAAGCCUAUACGAGUCAAUAGCCUACCUCCUUCAAAGUGAAGAAUUACCCUUUACAGCAACUCCAAAGCUGUCUUAUUUACACAAGGUAUUGUGUAUUUGAGAUACACGUGUGGGAAAAGAAUUGUGUAAACAAGAGAUGUUGUUUUUCGGAUUGGAUUGCUAUACCUGCGGUUGGUCUAUCCUUGUAGAAAUGUCUAAAUGUGCUAAAUACCGCUUAACCACAGGAAAAUGGAAGGAUACAUGUGCGUUCAGCGGUUAUAGUUCCAACUGUCUCCGAAAAUAACAUUUCAAAUACACGAUACCUCAUGUAAAUAAGACCGCUUUGGAGUUGUAUUAAGGUGUAUUUCUUCACUUUGAAUGAGGCUACUGACUCCUUUAGGCUUCAUGUCUUUAGGCUAAGCUAACAUGGAAACUGAGCCAGUUAAUGCACAAAAAUGAAAAUGAAAUCGAACAUACAAUUCUGGGUAAGUCGGAAAAAUUGUAUAUUUCCCAAAAUGUUCCCUUUAAUGAUGGGUCUGCUCCAUGUACACCAUGACGUGUGUGGUGUGUGAUGUAUUUGUGUAUGUGUGUGUGUGUGUGUGUGUGUGUGUGGCGCGAGAUUAAGAAUAUAUUUGUUUGAUAUUUUCUUUGUUUCAAUGCUUAUGGAAUGGGUUGAAGGGAUUUUUUAUUUUAUUUUUUAUAUAAAGGUUUAAUUUUUUUUAUCCAAGAGGUACAGGGGUUCCUGGUGCUGUAUCACAUUGAGUUGAGGUCUCUUUGCUGCUGAAACCCUGGGUCUCUGGUAAUGGGCUGCCUUUCACCCCAGCCUCACUAGCUAGAUUACAUUAUAUUAUAUUACGGGCAUUUAGCAGAUGUUCUUAUACAGCUUAUAUAUUUGUUAACAUGGUAUCUGUUUAUACAACUGGAUGCAUAGUGAAGCAAUUCAGGUUAAGUACCUUACUCAAGGGUACAACAGCCGUGUUCUACCUGGGAAUCAACCUGCAACCUUGCGAUUACAAGCCCAGUUGCCAUUUGGAACAGAUGCUUACCAGGUGCUGCCUCUUAGUAAGACCCAUGGGAAAGAUGUCAGAUGGGUUUUGCCUGGUUUACUUCCAAACGCUUAGAAUUCAUGUUGCCAUUACCACAGGAAUGAAACCUCUCAAGUCGAAUUAGCAAAAUGUUGUCUGUGUACAGCAGGGGUGUCAAACUCCUGUCCCGGAGGGCCUCAGUGUCUACACGUAUUUGUGGUUUCCUUUCAAUCAGCCAUUGAAGGCCUUGAGACUCUAUAGCCAAUCAAUGAUUUGCACGUAAAUGAAUCACUCAUGCUGAAAUGCACCAAAUACCAGCAGAUACUGUGGUCUAUGGUCUUUUGGUUUCUUUAGAGAAGCAUUGCACUGACUUUGGGGGACGUGGAGGAUGGAUUUACUUAAUUAUCAUUAUUUUGUCAAAUGGAUAUUGUUUUUGUUUGUUCCUUUGAAUUAUAUGAUACAAUUCGAUACAGAAUGACCCUACACAAAUCCUGACUUUUGAUUAUUAUUUCUUUUGCUGAUUCAAGUAUGUUGGAAAAGUGUCUACAUCAUAAUUACCAGGAGUUCUGGGAUAGCAAAACUGACUAGAGCAGGUUGCUAUGGUUGGAGGUGCCCUCUCUAUACAGCGGAAGGAAAUGAUUGAAACCUGCAUCUAGAUCAAUUGUGGUGGUGGUGGGGAAGCUUGCAUGUCUUUUUACCACCCGUCUUCUACCUUGACUCAUUUUUUUCAGAAUGUCAUGCAAGAUAUCUUUUUAUUUGAAGUGAACGGGAAUGAAUUUGGUAAUAAAUUAUUUGUUUCUUUUA